AUGGUUCAGUCGCCGAUGCUCUCGUGUCCGCUGAAGCAGACCAAUGAGAUCGAUUGGAUUCAACCCCUCAAGGAUUACAUCCGGGAGACCUAUGGCGAGGACCCGGAGCGCUAUACUCAAGAAUGCACGACCCUCAACCGCCUCCGGCAGGAUAUGAGAGGCGCUGGCAAGGAUAGUGCUACCGGACGCGACCUAUUGUAUCGAUACUAUGGACAGCUGGAGCUCCUGGAUCUCCGAUUCCCCGUCGAUGAGAACCAUAUCAAGAUCUCGUUCACGUGGUAUGAUGCUUUCACCCACAAGUCUACCGCUCAAUAUUCUCUGGCAUUCGAGAAAGCGUCCAUCAUCUUCAACAUCUCCGCCGUCUUGUCAUGCCACGCCGCCAACCAGAACCGGGCAGAUGAUUCCGGCCUCAAAACAGCCUAUCACUCCUUCCAAGCAUCUGCAGGCAUGUUCACAUACAUAAAUGAGAAUUUCUUGCACGCGCCCUCCACCGAUCUAAACCGGGACACUGUCAAGACCUUGAUCCAUAUUACUCUAGCGCAGGCCCAGGAGGUGUUUCUCGAGAAACAAAUAACGGAUGCGAAGAAGGCUGGCUUUUUGGCGAAAUUGGCAAGCCAGGCCGCUUACCUUUAUUCUCAGGCGGCGGAGACUAUGCAGGACUUUGUCAGCAAGAAUGUAUUUGACAAGGUCUGGUCGAUUGUAGUCCAAGCCAAGUCGGCGCACAUGACUUCCGUUGCAUCUUAUUAUCAGGCGAUCGCAGAAAACGAUGCCAAUGCUCAUGGAACUGCCAUUUCUCGUCUACAAGUUGCCGACAAGCAAGCUGUAACCGCGCUAGGAUGGGCUAAAUCGUUCCCUUCUUCGGCUCCUGCGACAUCGAACCUGCCGGCAGAAGCCGGAGCCAACCUGGUCGAACUAAUUAAGCAUAAUCAAGCAAAUGUCCAAUCCCUGCUCGCAACUCUCAUUAAGGACAAUGACUUCAUUUACCAUCAACCCGUCCCCAACGAGGCUGCGCUCUCUGCUGUUGCCAAGCUUCCGGCGGCGAAGGCGAUCCCGGUCAGUGAAUUAUACCAGGGACAAGAUAUCCAGCGCAUCAUUGGACCGGAUAUUUUCCAAAAGCUGGUUCCCAUGUCUGUCACGGAGACCGCCAGUUUGUAUGAUGAGGAGAAGGCAAAACUGAUCCGUGCUGAAACUGAGAAAGUCGAGACUGCCAAUGGUGAAAUGGCAGCCAGCCUAGACUACUUGAAGCUUCCGGGGAGCCUCAACAUCCUGAAAGGUGGAAUGGAUCAGGAAAUGACCGUUGACGAAGAAUUCCGCCGCUGGUGUUCGGAACUUGGUGGGCAUAAACCAUUUAACAAAGCUUUUGAUGAGUUGCAGAAACGUAAAGCCGAAGUUUUGUCACAGCUGGAUCAGUGCUCUAAACAAUUGGACUUGGAAGAAAGUGUAUGUGAGAAGAUGCGCUCUAAGUACGGCGGUGAUUGGAGCCAGCAACCUAGCUCUCGCUUGAAUACGACACUCCGAGGAGAUGUUCGCACAUAUCGAGAUACGGUUAGUGAAGCGAGUGCCAGUGAUACACAGCUCUCUGCUACUUUCCGGCAAUACGAGGGAGACUUUGAUCAGAUGCGCUCCGCAGGAGAGACAGACGAAGCCGACAUACUUUUCCAGCAAGCGUUGAUCAAGGCUGGGUCUAAGCAGAAUAAGGGUAAAAACGGAGCCCACAGUCCGGCCGAGGGCAGCCUUUUAGAUGAUGUCUAUGAUGAGGGGGGUGCUUCUGUUGCGGACCAAAUCGCGAAGGUAGAGGACAUCUUGAAGAAACUCAACCUUGUCAAGCGGGAACGGUCCCAGGUGCUUAAGGAUCUCAAGGAAAAGGUUCACACCGACGAUAUCUCUAACGUGUUGAUUCUCAAUAAGAAAUCCAUUGCUGGCCAAGAGAAUCAACUAUUUGAGGCCGAGCUGGAAAAGUUUCGGCCACACCAAAAUCGUCUGCUGCAGGCAAACCAUAAGCAAUCAUCUUUGAUGAAAGAGCUGACCAAGACAUACGCCGACCUUCUCCAAGAUAAGCGAGUGCAAUCUGAGCAGUCCAAGUACGAGGGAAUUGUUCAAGCCAGAACAUUCUACAAGGAUAUGGGAGACAACGUUGAAAGCCUACGGAAGAACGUGGAGACUUUUAUCAGUAACCGUCGGUCAGAGGGUGCUCAGCUUCUGAGUCAGAUUGAACGCGACAAGGCCACAGGCAUUUCUGAGCAAGAAGAUCGAGAACGAGAGAAGCUUCGACAGCUCAUGGAGCGCUUGUCAACAGAGCCUAAGCCAGCGUCAGCCUCGCCGUCAACAGGGUCAACCCCUGCACCACCUUCCAAGGUGAAAUCACCUCCUCCCCCAGUCCAAGCCGCACCAUAUGGAACCGGUCCAUCUCCGCAGAUGUCACCUCGUUACCCUCCCACUAUGUCAGCCCCGCACGGUGCGCCUGUUUCACAUUCCCCAGCACCAUACGGACAAUACAUGGGCAUGAGCACCACCCCGGUGCCAUACACACAUGGCCAGCCUUUCCAGCAAGGUGCCGCUGCCCCGCUCUCUGACGGGUACAACCCCAUGGCAUACCCAUAUAAGACUCCCGUAUCUCCGCCUCCAAACCAGCAAUUCUUCUCCUCAACCCCGACCCCCUACGGCUAUCCCAGUGCCAGCCCUGCACCGGGUGGUACGGCUGGUACUCCGGCGCACUAUAUGACCCCACAGGGCUACGUUCCUCCCCCGCCUCCGCCACGCCCACAGCAAACUAACUACGCACCUGCCUCUGGGCCUUAUCCUUCUGGACCAGGCGGGUAUGCCCAGGCCAGACCAUAUGGCCAUCUGAAGACUCCCUCGCAGUCUCAGUCGCAGUCUCAGUCGCAGUCCCAGCAAUCUAGCGGUGGUGACCCCUGGGCCGGGCUUAACGCCUGGAAAUAG